AUGUUGGAAAUAUCACCAUGGGAAACAUUGGUGAAAUUGCUCACGGAUUCAUUGUUGAAUUGCACAGAUCAAGGAGCAACUGAAGUGCCGUAUUCCAAAGAUUUUUUAAGAUGUGAGUUUUUUAAUGAAAAUUUAAUGGGCGGAAAGGGAGACAUUCCGUAUCUCCCAGGGUUCUGAUCAUUCCCAACUCGAACCCGGUCAAAGAACUUCUUCAACAAAUUAUUUGAUUUAUAAUAAAUGUUAUGUUUUUUUCAGCAUUACCAACCACAUAUAUAGUUUCACUUGCAAUUGCAACCGCCGUUUCUGUUGCUACAGUAUGUCUUGGUAUCUUACAUCUUCUAUACAUUUCAUUUUAUAUAACAAAUUAUCACAAGAAAAUUCUGAUAGUAAUUCUGGCUUGUGUUGCACCGGUAAGUUCACUUUCUAAUAAAAACUCCAACUUACUUUUUAAAUCUACCCUCUUUUCAGCUUGUUUCAAUAUUAGCACUUGUUGCAAUGUAUAUGCCACGUGUUUGGUUCUUUUCUCAUCUUAUUACAUUUCUUUAUUUCUCAUUUGCUCUUUGGGUUAUAAUUUGUCUUCUUCUUCAAAUAUUCGAUGGUCAUCAUGCUUUGGUCACAAAAAUGACACAAAGAAUGCAAUUCAUUGAGAUUGCAACUCCGCCAUUUUGUUGUCUUUUUCCAUGUUUGCCAAAAAUGAGAUUAGAAGGAAAAAAGAUAUAUUGGUGUGAAAUGAUGGUUUUACAAGCGCCAUUUGUUCGUCUUUUUGCCACAUUUGCAUCUUUGAUUAUUUAUUUUGAAUAUCAAGAUAAAGGAUUAGUGUAAGUUCAUGUUCUGCAAUUUCUGAUAAUGCAAAUAUAUGAUUUAUAGUCCUCUCAAAGUUCUCGAUUUUAUAACUCUUCCUUCAUUGCUCAUCGGAAUCUAUGGAACUCAUAUUUUAGUGACAACAGUUUCCAGAAUGGUUGGUUUGAUUUUUUAAAUCCUAUUAAUUUUCAAACAAAAUUAAUUCUAGGAUGAAUUGGUUUCAUAUCGAUAUGUUGUCGUUUUUCGACUUUUGGAUUUCUUUUUUAUGGUUUUUGGAACACAACAACCAAUUUUCGAUUUUCUUGCACGUUAUGGAGCAUUUGGGUGUGGAACUAUUUUGCCACCAAUUGAAACAUCUUUCUGUUAGUUGUUUGAAAAUCAACACAAGUGACAUUUUCAAUUAACUUUUUUUCAGAUUGGAAAAACUUCUUCACGGUGAUUGAAGCGUUUUGUGUAACACUAAUAUCUACAGUGUUGUUACAACCUUCGAAAUCCUCAUUUUUCGACAAACAUCCAAGUUGUCGAUCAAUGUCAUCUGCGAGAUCAACGAUAACUGAAGUUGAUACUGAUGAAUCUACAACAUAG